AUGUGGUGGCAGAAUGACGAGUACAUGGAAGGUUUCAUCGCCUCGCACGAAGGUCAUUGUGAGUCGUAUCCGACCAAGAUUCCGGUGGUCCACUCGUCUCGCAAGAGCGACUGCUACUGGCUGGCGCUUCAUGAGCCAAACUGGCAGAUCUACAAGCAGUGCGUGCCGAUUACGGACAAUGGGUCUGGUGCGUCAACCACAACACAAUCUCCUGGUGUGCGUGACAACGGAGGUACAACAACUACACAGGCGUCUGCUUCUACCGAUGAUGGAGAUUCUGAUGAGACGCAAUCUGAAGCGUCUGUAGAAGGCGAAGCUUCAAACUCUGAACAGACCGAGUCCACGGAGGCGCCAUCCGCUACCUCAAACACUCCGGCUCCGGACACCGCCACCCCUGAACCUCAGGCUUCAACCGACGCACCGGAAACCACGCCCUCUGUCCCUGAAGCUACUCCAGCGACACCGACAGAAGCUGCCACCCCGUCAGGCAAGUGUGGCCUACGUCGCCGUAGUUAG